UUUGCCCUUUUCCUCUCCUGAAUUUGCCCUGAAAAAGGGAAAAACAAAAAACGAACGGUGCUGAUAAACUUGAUUCUCUCAUCUCAGUCGUCUCCUUUCUCCUAUCUUCACCAUCGUCCGAUUCCAUUCCACCACUCCAUUUCCACCCGAUCUAAAUCCUUCUCUCUCGCGCCCAAAUUACAAAUCUUCCGUUUUCUCCCACCAGGGUUUUGGUGAAGAUGGCUGAUGCUCCGGCGAGUCCCGGCGGAGGAAGCCAUGAGAGCGGUGAGCAGAGUCCGAGGUCUAAUGUUCGCGAACAGGAUAGGUUUCUUCCUAUUGCGAAUAUUAGUAGGAUCAUGAAGAAGGCUCUUCCUGCUAAUGGGAAGAUUGCUAAGGAUGCUAAAGAAACCGUACAAGAAUGUGUAUCGGAGUUUAUCAGUUUUAUUACUAGCGAGGCAAGUGAUAAAUGUCAAAGAGAGAAACGGAAGACGAUUAAUGGUGAUGAUUUACUUUGGGCCAUGGCCACUCUUGGAUUUGAGGAUUAUAUCGAUCCACUUAAAACCUACUUGACGAAAUACAGAGAGGGUGACACUAAGGGGUCUGCUAAAGGUGGUGAUGGGUCAGCUAAGAAAGAAGCUCAUCCAACCCCUAUUCCUCAGAUGGCUCAUCAAGGGUCGUUUUCCCAAGGAGUUAAUUAUGCAAGUUCUCAAGUACUCUCUCUCUCUCUCUCUCUCCCACACUCAAAUAAAAAUGUGCAUGUACUUUCACAAUGUCUUCUGAAGAAGAAGCAGUUUGACUGUCCUCGGGGCGUCUAGGAGAGUGAUUUUAAAAUGAUUAAAAUCAUUUUGGUCAUGUUCAGAAAUUCAGAAUCAGUAAAAAUCAUUCAUUUGGUCAUUCAAAAUCAAUUUUGAUGGUAUGAAAAUCACUUUUAAAAGUGUAUAGCCAACUAUUAAAAUCAUUUUGAAUGAUCUAAUGUAUGCUUUGGAAUGAUUUGACUAUGAUAAAACGAUUUUCAGCCGUUUUAAAAUCUUUUGCAAACGUGACAUAUUCUUUGGAUGACUUUGCAACAACUCUCAGAUUGCGGAUGUUCUUUUUAGCUAGUUACUUACUUUUGUCAAAACCCUUGCGGUUUUUGGUCGUACAACUAAAUGAUGCCUUGAUAAUUCUAAAAUUACUUAAAAAUUUAUUUUUUGAGAAGCACUUUCUAAGGCUGCUUGUCCAUCUAAUUGAAAGUCAUGAUUACUCUUAUGCCAUGAAGUGAUGCAAAUGUGCUUGGUGGUCCUCCCAUUACUUAUACAUCUAAUUGUAGAAGUAUGUGUUUGGAACUUGAUCUAGUUUUCGGUUGUGGCCGGAGGUCUUUUGUGAGAAUUUGCUAGAAUUCAUAUUUUAAUAAUUGGUGGGUACUGGGUAGAGUCUAGAACUUUUCUUGGGGACUUGAAGUUAGAAGUUGAUUUCAUUUGUUAUCCAUUUUCUUUGGACGAUGUUCGUUAUUUAUCCUCCAACUAGCACUCUUCUAUGUUGAAUCUACCUGUAAAGUAACUUCUUCAUUUAAUUUGUUCUCCCCCUUCAUGGAGUGAUUUGAGCUGUCUUUUGUUUUCCCCUUCUUUUAGCAACUUCUUUCGUUUAAGCAUAUUAGUUUUGUUUAUGUUUAUAUCUUCGUGAUUCCUGAAGUUAUUCCUCGGGGAAAACAUUUGCUUCUUAUAUUACCUGGGGUUUGUUUUAGAGCUCUCAUAUCGAAGUCUUGGUUGAAAUAUAUGAAAAAGCAGAAAACAAGUUUGAACUUUUCGAGGAAAUGGCUUAUAGCAGUGAAAGGUUAUUUCCCUUUUAGCCAUGGUGAAAGGGCAAUAUAUUGGUAUUUGUAUCUUUUUAAGUUACCUAGAAAAUGAGCAAGUAACCUUUUUUCAGCUUCUUUGUAUUGGGAUCAUCUCCCUUUGUGUAAAAAUUGGCAAAAGUAGUAAAUCUAGAGGCUACUUUGAUCAUGCAACCUCCCAUCCAUACUAACUAAUACCCAUUAUCAAAUGAGUUAUCUAAAGCAAAUGAAAAUAUCGUAGUGCCAAAUGGUUGUCCUGUGCAAAUAAGAUAUAAAAUAGCAUGAAUAGGAAUAACCAAUAAGGGCUUGUUUGGAAGUACAAUAGUUUCGAGUAAUGUCUUGGAAAGAAAUGUUUCUAUCUAAACACCUCCGAAGAAUAACUUACUUCUUUCUCUCUAAGGUUUAAUACCAUUUUCCUUUUGUUUGCAGUCACAAGCCCAGCAUCUGAUGGUCCCUAUGCAAGGUACUGACUGAAAUUGCCUCAAAUCGACCAUGUAAACUGUUGAAUUUGGAGAUCUUUGUUCAGUAUAACAGCAAAAUUUGAGUCUAUUUAUUUAAAGUUUGGGUGGUUUUGAUACUUUUAAUUGUAGAAACAGUUGCAACUUUGUAUAUUAUUAUGGCUGUCUAUUGGAUUGGAAGUUAGGACACAGUA